AUGAUAGGUGACUAUGAAGAACGAAAACCAUUACUUCAAGACACGGAUUCGUUGGGUAUUAAUAACAACGAUCGGCUUCUUAACGAGCGUAGAACAACUUCCUUUAUGAAUAUGAGUAAUGAAAAGUGUGAAAUCCACCGAAAUUCAUCACAGCUCGAAGCAUCACAAUCAUCAUGGACUCGAUGGACACAUGUAAUAUUUUGGUGGUGGCUCAAUCCACUUCUUCGUUUAGGUCACAAGCAAAUACUGACUGAUGACGAUCUUGAAGAUUUACCUCGUCAGGAGAAAUGUUUACCUUCGUUUCAAAAGCUGCUUAUGUACGAUUGGUCAACUACAACAACGACAUGGCGUAUAGUUUUAAGUGCAUUUAGAAACGAAACGUUCUUCGUUGGUCUUAUUCUCGUGCCAUUUCUUAUUGUUCGUCUGCUACAGCCGUUAUUUUUACGUGACAUCAUACAGCAAAUAAAUUCAAUGGAAUCUACUUCAUUGGAUUUGAAAUCGAUCAGCAUUUCAGUAUUUGGAUUAAUAUUGUGUACAAUUAUACAUGCAAUGGUUUUCCAACAAUUUUUCUUUCGCUCAGCUCUAUUAGGACGUCGCAUUCGUCAUGCGCUAUCAUCGAUUAUUUAUCAACACGUGCUCGCGAUUCAAACAUCUGCAAUUCAACAAACAACUUCGGCUCAAAUAAUCAAUUUGUUGUCUGAUGACAUCAGUAAAUUCGACGAACUAUGGACUGAUGGACAUUUUCUAUGGGUAGGACCUCUAGAAACUUUAUUUACGUUUCUUAUUUUGUGGUGGAUUGUCGGUUUAGUGCCAACAAUAUGCAGUGUUAUAACGGUUCUUUUACUAAUCCCGAUACAGUUCGUGCUUAGUCGAUUAUUCGCCCAUUAUCGUGCUGUAAAAAUGACGCAUGCUGACAAGCGUCUUCAAGUAUUUAGUGAAAUUCUUCAUGGAUGUCAGCUUAUUAAGAUAUAUAAUUGGGAAAAACCUAUGGAGAAAAGAGUGGCUGAUAUGCGUCAACAUGAAUUAGCUACUAUAAAACGUGCAAACCAUUUACGAGCAAUCAAUGAAUGUCUAUUUUUCUCUUCGCCGUGUUUGUUCAGUUGUGUCACUUUUCUUAGUCUUUGGUUUCUUGGUUAUCAUUUGAAUGCAGCAGAUGUUUUUGUUACUCUGAAUUAUUUUAUUCAAUUAAGAUUUUCCCUGUUUCGAUUGCUUCCAUUGAAUAUUCAACAGUUGAGUAGUGUGUCAGUUGCGUCGAAACGUAUUGAUUCAUUUAUGAAGCUUGAAAAAGUUCAACCUCAAAACUCAAUGUUAAAUGUAAGCAUAUAUAAGAGCGAAAAUGACAUCAUUGUUUUACGUAAUGCCUCAUUUUCGUGGGGAAAUGAUCAGACUGAUCUAUCAUCCCUUAAUAUACACAUAGAAUCUGGUCAAUUAGUUGGUAUCAUGGGAUCUGUCGGUGCUGGAAAAUCAUCGCUAUUUGCCGCUCUGUUGGGUGAAAUGAAACAGAUCAGUGGACAGAUGCAAGUGAAUGGCUCGGUUUCCUAUGCUGCCCAAUCCCCUUGGAUAUUUGCUGACACCAUUCGUGCUAACAUCCUGCUCGGUAAGGAGAUGAAUGAGAAACGCUAUACGUCUGUUAUACGCGCAUGUUGUCUCGAUAUCGAUUUUAAAGCAUUGGGAAAUGCUGGUGAUUUAACAGUCGUGGGAGAGAGAGGGGUUAAUCUAAGUGGUGGACAAAAGGCACGUGUUUCGUUGGCACGAGCAAUCUACGUCGACGCCGAUAUUUAUCUGUUCGAUGAUCCACUUUCAGCUGUUGAUCCAAAAGUAGCCGAACAAAUCUUCAAUGCUUGCAUCAGUUCUCAAGGACUUCUGAGUGAGAAAACACGACUAUUGAUCACUCAUCAAAGACGCUUUAUAGCUGCAUCCGAUAUCUCAGUUUUACUUGAGGGUGGUCAUAUUGAAGCACAAGGGCCUUUUCAAGAAUUAUCUGUGCGUUAUUAUCCGACGAGUGAGAUUAAGGAUGAUAUUCAAAGAAGUACGCAUAGAGACAACGUACAAGAAAUCAGUAUCGAUGAGUUAGAUUUCAAAAAAGCCGUUGCUGACAGUCAGUCAAUCAUACAUAAUGAAACAUCGCUCAGUGGCCACGCCAAUUGGAAGAUUCGAUAUCGUCUAUUUACUGAAACAUCUUUAGGAUAUUUUGGUUUCUACAUACUCAUAUUUCUGCUUGUUGUUGGUGAAUUUCUUUACAAUAUUUCGAACUACUGGCUUGUAGAAUGGACAAAUAAAACUUAUAUUACACAACAAACUGUUACAUAUUUUGCCUACAUAUAUGUUAUCCUAGUACUAGGCAUAGUAGUGAUGUCGUAUGUACGUGCUGAUUAUUGGUUCUAUGUUCUAUUGAAUGGUUCAGCUAGUUUACACAAUCGUAUGCUCAAAGGAAUCUUAUAUAGUUCAAUGCGGUUUUUCGAAAGUAAUCCAAGUGGUCGGAUUCUGAACCGAGCAAGUCAAGAUCAGCGGACGAUUGAGGAAAUAUUGCCAGCGAUAUUCUUUGACGCUGUCCAGGUAUUCAUGACUGUGUUGGGUUCAGUCAUUGUUAUCGUUCUCAUCAAUCCGCUUGUCUCCAUUGUUGUUAUUCCACUCAUUGUUGCCACAUGGUAUCUUCGAAAUUUUCAUAUAGUUUCCGGUAGACAAUUGAGACGUCUCGAAAGUGUAACACGUAGUCCUGUCUACGCAUUCUUCUCAUCAUCACUAGACGGUCUGACAACCAUUCGAGCUUUCAAAGUUCAGGAAGAUUUUAAGAAAACAUUUUUUGAACUGAUAGAUGCAAAUACACGUGCUUACGUACCGAUGUUAGCUAGCAAUCAUUGGCUUGGCUUUCAUCUUGAUCUCAUUGUUAUUCUAUUUCAAAUGGCUACUAUCAUAAUCGGUGUGAUGACGUGUAAUGCAAAUACAUCAGCAGCAUUGGCUCUCGCGUUGGCAUAUUCUAUUACUUUAUCACAAAGACUUGCACGAUGUAUGCAGCAAUUAGCUGAAACUGAAAUUCAUAUGACGAGUGUGGAACGCAUUGACGAAUAUGCUCAAAUAUCACCAGAGGAAGACGAUGGUGGUAAUCAAGAAACGUUAGAAAUAGAAAGUAAUUGGCCAAGUCUGGGAGAAAUCGAAUUUCGAAACUACACCAUGCGCUAUCGACCUGAGUUAGAACCAGUAUUGUGCAAUAUCAAUUUACACAUUAGUCCAAUGGAAAAGAUUGGUAUUAUUGGUCGUACAGGAGCUGGAAAAUCGUCUCUUUUUCAGGCACUCUUUCGAUUGGUUGAGAGAGCGGCCGUUAACGGCGAAAUUUUCAUUGAUGGUAUCGCUAUAAGCCGUCUCAAACGCAGUCAUCUUCGGUCACAUCUUAGUGCUAUUCCUCAAACACCUGUUCUAUUCAGUGGUACACUUCGUUACAAUCUUGAUCCAUUUGAUAUAUAUACAGAUGAAGAAUGUUUCAACGCGCUAAAAGAUGUUCAACUCAAUCAUUUUAUUGGUCUCGAUAUGCCUGUAACUGAAUACGGCAAAAAUUUUAGUGUUGGUGAAUGUCAGCUCAUCUGUGUAGCUCGAGCUCUUCUUAAGCAUAGUAAGAUAUUAUUGAUCGAUGAAGCAACAGCGAAUAUUGAUCAUGAAACAGAUGCAUUAAUUCAAAAAGUCAUCGCUGAUAAAUUUCGAGAUCGUACGAUUUUAACGAUCGCCCAUCGACUGAAUACCGUAGCCGAAAGUGAUCGAAUACUUGUGAUGGAUCAAGGACGAAUAGCUCAGUUUGAUGUGCCAAACAAAAUUUUAUAA